GUUGGAUUGUGUUCAGGACAACUGUCAGCACUUUUUUCCCAUCUCCAUCUUUGUACCGUUUUGGAUUUAUUCAUCGCUUCACGAAACACGCGCGCGUACCAGAAGAUGCAAGUCGGACGCAAACCGUGUUGGAGGCAGUUGCAGGCUUCUUUUUUCAGACUGCUGUGUCUUAUUCCAACAGGAUUCCCCGUCCGAAGUGUGGAUAUGCAGCGGACCACGGACAACAUCACCAUCCGCCAGGGCGACACGGCGAUCAUAAGGUGUUACGUGGACGAUAAAGUGUCCAGAGUGGCCUGGCUCAAUCGAUCCAACAUCAUCUUCGCAGGACAGGACAAGUGGUCUCUGGACCCCCGAGUAGAUCUGGUCACUAAGGGACAGCUGGAGUACAGCCUGCGCAUACAGAAGGUGGAUGUGUAUGAUGAAGGCUCGUAUACAUGCUCCAUACAGACGAAGCAGAAGCCCAAGACCUCACAUGUCUACCUCAUUGUACAAGUUCCGGCCAGUAUCUACAAAGUGUCCGAGGACGUGAUCGUGAACGAGGGCAGUAACGUCACGCUCAGCUGUUUGGCCAGCGGCAGACCAGACCCCAUCAUCACCUGGAGACUGCUCAACCCCUCAGCAGAGCCACUGGACGGAGAGGAGUUCUUGGACAUUAUCGGAAUCAUGCGAAACCAAGCGGGUCGAUACGAGUGCAAGGCCAGCAACGACGUGGCCACACCCGACUUCAAAUAUGUCAAUGUAGUGGUCAACUACCCUCCUACAAUACAGAAGAUCCAAAGCUCGGAGACUCCAGUGGGCAGAGUGGGCAUGCUGCAAUGUGAUGCCAAUGCUGUGCCCAAACCCGAGUUCGAAUGGUUCAAGGACGAAAAGAGGAUGACCAACACUCAGAGCAUCAACAUCCAGAUGCUGGGCACCACCACCAUCCUGGUCUUUUCCAACGUGAGUGAAGAGGAUUAUGGGAACUACACCUGUGUGGCCUCCAACCGACUGGGCAUCCAGUACGCCAGUGUCUUCCUCUUUAGACCUGGGACUGGCCGGGACAUCAACAGCUCCACCUGUGUAUCUAAGUCACUGUGGCUCAUGGUGGUCUGCAUUGCCCUCCUCUUCUUCAAGUGUUAAUAGCACUCUCCUCCCUGCGUCCUCGCCUCCUCCUCUUUCUCCUUCUCCCUUAGCGUCCUCUCCUCCUCCCUCUCCUUCUUCUCACCGCCAUCUUGACCUACGACC